AUGGGAUCAGCAUACUAUUUGAAAAAAGUUUUAGUGGUUUUCAUCGUGGCUUCAUUGGUGCUACUAGUCCGCCAAUCUGGGCAAAAGAUUCUCACCACUGCCACCGAGAACAACCACCGCGGUCGAUUUUACAACAAAAAGCUUGAUCUAAGGAGAGCUCGUGACGAGUUUCGAAAUCCUGUAUUUGCGAGUUGGGCCGUCAAGGAUAAAGUUCAGAAAAUAUCGGAGCGUUCGCUUUCCGAGAAAUGCAACUUGUACCUUGAGGAAAUUCAAGAUUUCCAUGUGGAUCUCGAUACCUGGACCAGUUUGAAAAUUGAUCCGCUCGUGUAUAAAGAAAAAAAAUGGACAAAGGAACGAUUGAGGGCGGAGAAGAAAAAGUACAAGAGGAAAGAUUGGAAGAAGGAGUACGAGGAGGAGAUUACCAGGGAGUUUGCAGAAGCGAGUUCGUUGUAUGCCAACUAUGAAAACCGGAUAUUUGAUGAAGUGAACCACAUGAGAGUAUAUGGCAAGUGUGUUCCGGAAAUCUCCGAUUCCUUGUGUCACAAGUUUCAAAAACAGUUGUAUCCUUGGAUGUUGGAUCUUCCCAAAGUGAAAGAUGCCCAAGGUAUUGUGGUGAAGACACAGAAGAAGAAGAAGAAUAACAGUAAUAGCUUGGUAUCAAAAUGUCUCAUAAACCAAUUGCUCGAAACUGACGAUUCUCAGGGUAUAAUAAUCCCUAUUUUAAAUGGAGAAACAAGACGCCUGGUUGGCAACAUUGAGCGCGCUUUGAAGCUGUUGAGAUACCUUGGAAGCAAGCUUCCUGUUGCAAUCACCUUCACUGCUUUGCCCGAGGAAGAAAAGAAGCGAUUGGUUAAUGCAGCCACGGUGGACGCAGACCAAUACCUGCCGAUGCAGUUGUACUUUGUUGACCUAUCGCCUGUAACCAAGUAUGAUCUCGAUAUCACCACUUUGAGUUUAUCUUUUAGUCCGUUUGAAGACACGGUCCUCUUGUCGGAGCACUCAAUCUUGUUGACUGAACCACAAAAUUUGUUCAAUGCAGUAAAGUACAAAUCUGGCGGGGCAUAUUUUUUCAAACACCCUUCCAUUUUGAACAAAGUCAAGGCGACUCCUGGCUUUUACGAAAUUGGCCACUUUGUCAAGAAUAUCAUUUCGCCCAGUGGCGGCGAUUUGGAAUAUUUCAAUCUCCAGAGACAAACGUCGUGUGCCUCUCGCAGGUAUUUCGAUGAAGAUUUCAAGACGGCCAUCGAUGCAAACUUGAUGGUGGUCAACAAGAGAAAAGCCUUGAAUGGGUUGCUAAUGUCUCUAAGCUUGGAGUUUUACAAAGUCUUGAACUUGCGGUUAAAGAAGCCCGAUACGAUAUGGAUUGGACAGGAAUUGGCGGGCACCAACGUUGCAUUCCACCAUAAUUACCCGGUCAUGGCCGGUGUGUAUUCUCCUCAAGCCGAUAGCGAGAUUUGCUCGGCUUCGUACGCGCAACUUUCAGACACGGACGAUGUCACGUUGAUCUCCACCACUUCGCAUCAAUUACAGAAUUGGCUUCGCAAUAACUAUUCAUUUAAAGCUGCAUUUGACAAGAAAUACGUGCGCAAGUAUACCGAGUACGUCGACAACAUCUUUGUCACUUUGCCGACUUCCCUGACUUUGACUUUGGGUGCAGCAGCAGCUAAAACCAGCAUGGACAGGUUGGACUACACCCUUUUCAAAAAACUAUUGAAGAACCCCUCGCUUAUAGAAAAUGUGAUUAUACCUCCAAUAUUGAAAACAAAAGUCAAUGUCAAGACAUUUGAAGAGCAAAGCGAAGCAUGGAUCGAGCAAAAAGACCAUAUUUCCGAACGGGCAAAACAGGCAAGUCACAAGUACUAUUGUGCUUAUAGCACUGUGGGUGAUCCACUCGAUGGCGGAGAUCGAGGUUUGACCAUCAAUGUCAGUAGACAAAAGCAAGAAUUCUAUAGCAAUGUGACUGCUGUUUGGUUGCGCGGCCGUCCAUAG